AUGCUGCUAGCGGCAUCCGUCGUCUUCACCUACUACACGUUCUGGGCCCUUCUCCUGCCAUUCUUUGACGCGUCAAAUCCGAUUCAUGACUUCUUCCCUUCGAGAGAAUGGGCCGUACGGCUCCCCGCUUUCAUCCUCGUUUCCGGGCUGUCAGCUGUCGGGUCGUUUAUCGGGAUCACAGUAGUAAAGGAGAAGCGCGCGAAAGCACAGAAAGCAAAGCUGCGUAUGGCUUGA